AUGACUCAGCGUCAGUCAGCCUCCCUGGAAAUCUCCUCCCAAGUUGUCCUUCUGAGCACCCAGAUUUCCCCGAGCCUGUCGCGCAACUCGGUCCCAUCUCCAUUUCCAUCCAUCCACUUUCAGGACGCGCCACCCAAACGCGCCCUUUUGAUUUCCCUUUCCUCCCCUAACAUUAGCUCGCCCAUUUACUCGCUUUCUUUCAAUCCCGUGAAAGUACCCGCUCCCCCCUCCCAUAUCCCAUCGCGGGAGCUCCGACCAUUGCUCCCAAACAUCACGUCUCCCAUCGCCAAGCAUCCCAUACAACCACCUUCUUGUCGCAUUAACGACAAGUAA